AUGGGUCUUCUCCAGGACUCCUCCCUCGAAGUUCUCGAUCUUCUCAGCCGCCUUGGCCUGAGCGGCCUUUCUCCUCCAGUCAGAGGUAUUAUUGCUACUGCUGGCCAGGACUUCAAGAAGCACGCUCUUCUUGAAGACUUAUUCCCCGAACUUGAGGACCUGCUUAACCGUCUCGGCCUCAGUGGUGUUUUCCCUCCCGUUGGCAACAUCGUCGCUACCGCUGGUCAAGACGUCAAGAAGCGUCAAGAUGUCGGUCUUCUCGCCCCCUCUCUUGAGGUUGCUGCCCUGCUCGCUUCGCUCGAUCUUGGAAGUCUUUCUCCUCCCGUUGACGCUGGCUUUGCCAGCGUUGGCCAAGACGUAUAA